AUGCCGGUGCACCGCAAGAAACCUAUCCAGAGCACAGAGAGCCAAACCCGUAGACUCCUCCGGCGGCGAGUUGUUCGGCUGACGUUCGCCUGUAGUUUGGUGUUAGGCCUGAUCGCGAGCGGAGUGGUGGCGGCCGUUCUCGCCUACAACGGCAGCCUGCCCGGGUACCACAAGUUCUCAAUAAGAACAUGCCACUCUUCCGACUGCCUCUACGUGGCCGAGAUGAUCAGGUCCGCGGUCAACGCAUCGGUCGACCCGUGCCACGACUUUUACGAGUACGUCUGCGGCUCGUACGCUGAAGCGCAUACGGUGGACCGGCUUAUCGCGGUGUCUAUACGUACUAACAGCAUAUUCAGAGCACUUCUGAGUGCCUCACUGGCGAAUAGGACUGCACCGCCAGCUUCUUCGGCUGGCCGCAAGGCCAACGCCCUCUACAGAUCCUGCCUCGAUGUAGUUGCCAAGAAGCAGAAUGACAUGCCCGUGCUCACGAACUUCCUGGGCAGUCACGGUUUAGACUUAAGCUCGCUGGACACAAAGGAGAGCGCCCUGGAAGUCAUAUUCCAGCUCUAUUUCCAGUACGGCAUCACGGCCGUCUUCGCGUUCAACCUGGCCGAAUUCAUCACGAGAGAUUUCAAGCGCGAACUCCUGUUCCGAAUCGACAAGAACCUGUUGGUCUGGUACAAGUAUCGCGCGGCGUUGAUAAAGAUGGAGUCCAUCGGGUACUUCAUGACCACCUUCUUGAGACAAUACGGAGACAAAGUGAGGGCAAUCGCGCAGGCUGUUUACGACGUGGAGAACAAGGCUCACGUAGCAAUGGCGCAGGUAUCCACCCGCUUCGCUACGAACGCCUCCGAUUUCUAUUCGGUGCAAAUAAGCAACAUCGGCACUUUCACGCCGAACACGGUGACCCGCGAGGAAUGGACGCGCUUGAUGCUCAAGUACGCCGGCACGUUGUACACCGCCGACGAUCGGAUUCUCGUCGAAAAGCGAGCUGUGACCUACCUGCAAGCGCUCUACGCAACCAUCGGAGCAAGCGGGCUCAAGCUUCUAGUUGCCUGGACCGUGCUUCGCACCUAUGCCGGUUACGUAGACGAGUCAGUGGCUUCUUUCCUCUACGGCGAUUACGAACGCGAGUGCCAGACGCGAGUAGACAGGCUCAUGCCCGUGGCUUUUCACGCCCAGCAGCUGUUCGCUGUGGCGCCUCCCGAGACCGCGCGAGCGGCUCACGAAAUUGCGUCCAACGUCAGGGAAGGCGCCAAGACGAUCUUCGCCGACUCCGUCUGGCUCGACAACACCGCCAGAGCGGUGGCUUUAAGCAAGCUGUCGGGCAUCCUCUUUCACGUGGGCUACCCUGACGGCCAGGACUCGCAGGCUGCCCUAGACGCCUACUACGGCGACCUGGCAUAUCCAUCGGAUCGACCGUUCCUGAACGCGUGGCUGAACGCCUCGCGGCACUACCUUCGUAAGUUGGUCGACAAGAACACGGGCUUCCUGUUCGUCGUGAACGAGGUCAACGCCUUUUACAGCACAGGCGCCAAUCAGGUCGUCGUGCCCGCGGCCUUACUGCAGCGUCCGAUUUACUUUAGGGACGCGGUGGCCUCGUUCAACUACGGCAGCCUGGGCCACGUCAUCGGCCACGAGAUCAUGCACGCGUACGACGUGCGGGGCAUCAACAUCGACGAGAAAGGGUUCGCGGUUUCAUGGAUGCUGCCUUCGUCGUUGGAACGCUACAAGGACAACGCCCGCUGCGUGCGGAAGGAGCAUGAGAGCGUCCUCGCCUGGCGCUCGAUGGUUCUCGUGGACAACCUCGACUCCGAGAACAUCGCCGAUUUCGCGGGAGCCCGCGCGGCGUACGAGGCGUUCCGCAGUCUCCCGGGAGAAGUGAGGUUCGCUCGGGUGCCGGGACCAUUCUAUCCGGAGCAGCUGUUCUUUAUCGGCUACUGUCUCAAGUGGUGUGAGAGCCAUUUCCACCCUAGAAGCAGGGAAGGCAGGUACUCUCCGGGCUUCGGGAGGUGUGUGGUGCCACUUCGCAACAUGCGCGAGUUCGCGGACGCUUUCCACUGCGCUCGCAACACGCGCAUGAACCCGGAGAGCAAGUGUUCCUUCUGGUGAACGCUCAAGCCCCUACAACCGUCCGCAGCGAUGCAUACGGUGAUAAGAGCC